AGCCACAAUCUCCGAUCUCCAUCUUUUUAAAUCCUCAUCAUCAUUAUACUCUCUUCCUGAAACUAGCCGUUACAUAUCUCUCCCUCCAUCCUUCUCUCAUGGCUGCUUCACUGGAUUAUUCUCCAUCUCCUACCCACCUCAACAAGGAGUCUACAAGCUUGAUGUUUUCUUCACCUCUGUUCAGCUCUGCAUCGGAUAAGCGUUUCUGGAGUGCGCUCCGUAGCCGGAUCGACACGCUUCUUGAGCACCGCCAAGGGAAGGUUUCCAUUGGCCAAGAUCAACUCAAUCUUGACCCAUCUUCAGCCACCCGUGUGAAUGUAGGAGAAUCUGAUCGAGCUAAGAGAAUGAAGGAGGACUCGUUGCUUUUGCUCAGAGGUUUUGACUCCAUUGCUCACACUCUCUCUCAGCUCUCAAAUAAUCUGGACGACGCUCUUCAGGGAACUAGAUAUCUAGCUGAACCACCCACAUUGAGUGAAAUAUUUCAUAGCAAUCUCAACAACACAGGGAUUAAACAAGAGGGUUUAGAAAAGGAACAAAAUGAAGAAAAAGAAGAAGAAGAAGAAGGAAACAAUUCAGAGGAUCAAGGUAAUAAAGGAUCAAAAAGGAAGUUUGAUCAAAAUGAUAGUUCACUCGAGGAAAGUAAGCAAAGCCCAAAAGAUAAGAAGCUGAAGAAAGCCAAAAAUCUUGCAGUUUCCAUGGCCACAAAAGCAGCUUCACUCGCAAGAGAACUGAAGUCGAUAAAAUCUGAUUUAUGUUUUAUGCAAGAGAGAUGCACUCUGCUUGAAGAAGAGAACAGGAGGCUUCGAGAUGGAUUCUCUAAAGGGAUCAGACCAGAGGAAGAUGACCUGAUAAGGCUUCAAAUGGAGGCACUGUUUGCUGAAAAAUCCAGAUUAGCCAAUGAAAAUGCAAACCUGAUCAGGGAAAACCAAUGCCUUCAUCAACUUGUAGAGUACCAUCAAAUCACCUCCCAAGGUCUCUCAUCAUCAUAUGAGCAAUUCAUCCAAGGAAUGUGCUUAGACUUUUCUUCUCCAUCAUCAUCCAUAAAGGAAAACGUCGACAAUGCAGAUGAUAAUGAAGUUCCACAAACACCAGGAACGAAUAUUUUUGGCUUCUCUGCUUCUCUUGAUGGGUGCUUUCAAGAACAGCAGCAGAGUUGAUGCUGGACGAAAGCCGCCCAUGGUUUUGUCAACAAAAUUGGGUUUUUGACUAGUUUCAGGUGAUAUGUAAAUUUUUUAAUGCCUUGCCUACGCUGAAUGGUGUAAUGUUGUUCUUCUUCCAAGCAUUUUAUGAUAAUAAAAAAAUUAAAAAUUCACUCAA